AUGAGGCAGGUAUCUGGAGUGGCGCUCCUCCUGGGGUUGAUGGCUCUCCCAGCGGCGCUGGGACAGAGAAGCUCGGAAAGCCAUAAGAAUAGCAACCAAAGCUUUGCCAUCGUCUCUUUCAAAUGGGAUCACGUCAAGGAGCCGUAUAUCAUUGCACUCUGGAUACUCGUGGCCAGCUUGGCCAAAAUCGUUUUCCACUUGUCCCACAAAGUCACUCGGGUGGUACCAGAAAGUGCUCUGCUGAUUGUCCUUGGUCUUUUCCUCGGUGGCAUUGUAUGGGCAGCAGAUCACCUUGCCUCCUUCUCCCUGACACCAACCGUAUUUUUCUUCUAUUUGCUGCCCCCCAUUGUUUUGGAUGCUGGGUAUUUUAUGCCAAAUAGAUUGUUCUUUGGAAAUCUUGGCUCCAUCCUUUUGUAUGCUGUCAUUGGGACAGUAUGGAAUGCUGCCACAACUGGUUUAUCCCUCUAUGGUGUCUAUCUGACAGGAAUAAUGGGUGAACUGCACUCUGGGCUGCUGGACUUCCUCCUCUUUGGCAGCUUAAUUGCUGCUGUGGAUCCUGUAGCUGUUCUGGCAGUGUUUGAAGAAGUCCACGUCAAUGAAGUUCUAUUCAUCAUUGUUUUUGGAGAAUCCCUUCUGAAUGAUGCUGUAACUGUGGUGCUGUACAAUGUGUUUGACUCUUUUGUUGCGAUAGGUGCAACGAAUGUGACAGGGAUUGAAUGUCUCAAAGGCAUAGUGUCAUUCUUCGUGGUGAGUCUUGGUGGGACACUGGUUGGCAUUUUCUUUGCAUUCCUGCUCUCAUUGGUCAGUCGUUUCACCAAGCACGUGAGGAUCAUUGAACCUGGAUUUGUGUUUAUCAUUUCCUACUUGUCCUACCUCACAGCAGAGAUGCUUUCUCUUUCUGCGAUCUUAGCGAUAACUUUCUGUGGCAUUUGCUGUCAGAAAUAUGUCAAGGCUAACAUAUCUGAACAGUCUUCUACAACUGUAAAAUAUACUAUGAAAAUGCUAGCCAGUGGAGCAGAAACUAUUAUCUUCAUGUUCCUGGGUAUUUCAGCUGUGGAUCCAAAUAUCUGGACUUGGAAUACAGCUUUUAUUCUGUUGACUCUGGUCUUCAUCUCUGUAUAUAGAGUUAUUGGUGUCAUCAUACAGACAUGGAUUCUUAACCGCUACAGAACUGUCCAGCUGGAGAUAAUAGACCAGGUGGUGAUGUCCUACGGUGGGCUACGAGGAGCAGUUGCUUUUGCUCUUGUUGCACUUCUGGAUGGGGAUAAAGUAAAAGACAGAAACCUGUUUGUCAGCACAACUAUCAUUGUUGUGUUUUUUACUGUUAUAUUCCAGGGACUGACUAUCAAACCUUUGGUACAGUGGCUGAAAGUGAAGAAAACUGAACACAGAGAACCAAAACUGAAUGAGAAACUUCAUGGCAGAGCCUUUGAUCACAUUCUUUCUGCUAUAGAAGACAUUUCUGGACAAAUAGGGCAUCAUUAUCUGAGAGACAAGUGGUCCAAUUUUGAUAGGAAAUACCUCAGAAAAAUACUGAUGAGAAGGUCUGCUCAAAAAUCAAGGGACCAAAUCCUUAAUGUUUUCCAUGAACUCAACUUGAAGGAUGCAAUUAGCUAUGUGGCUGAGGGAGAACGUAGAGGUUCACUGGCAUUUAUACGUUCUCCAAGUACAGACAACAUGGUAAAUGUGGAUUUCAGCACUCCGCUCCCAAGCACUGUGGAAAGCUCUGUCUCUUAUUUAUUGAGAGAAAAAGCUGGACCAGUUUGCCUUGACAUGCAAGCUUUAGAGCAAAGAAGGAAAAGUAUCCGGGACACAGAAGAUACCCUCGCUCAUCACACUCUACAGCAGUACCUGUAUAAACCCAGGCAGGAGCACAAACACCUGUACAGUCGACAUGAGAUCAUGCACAGUGAAGAUGACAAACAAGACAAGGAGAUUUUCCAUAGGACAAUGAGGAAGCGCUUAGAAUCUUUCAAGAGUACCAAACUAGGAAUAAACAAUUCAAAGAAGCUCAAUAAAAUCCACAAACGAGACCGGGGCCAAAAAAGGAGAAAUAGCAGUGUCAUACCAAAUGGAAACAUUCCUUCAGAAAAUCCAGUACAAGAUUUUGCUUUGAAGGAAAAAGAUUUGGAGUUUUCUGAAUCAGAAGAAAAUAAUGAUUAUGAGACUUUACAUCUAGGCAAAGGAGUUGAUUUCCUGGCUAAUGUGACAAAACAAAAUUUCACAGAUGCUCCUGCUGGAAUUGAUAACCCAGUAUUUUCAGCUGAUGAUGACCAAAGCAUCUACAUGAAGUUCUCACCAUGGUUAUCUGGUGAAGACACUGUGGUACCAUCACAAAGGGCCCGAGUGCAGCUCCCAUAUUCUCCAGACAACUUCAGACGACUCACUCCAAUCCGGCUCAGCAAUAAAUCAACAGAUUCCUUCCUGCUAGCAGAUGGCCCAGAGGACCGACCCAGAUCUUUUCUCCCAGAAUCAACACAUAUGUAA